AUGAGGUAUGAAGAGUCGCUCAAUAUGCGUGCCCGUGCUUCUGGUGCUACGGCUUCACGCAUACUCGAUGGGAAUGUGGACCCGCGCAUGUUGGGCAAGGCUGCCACUACCACGUCGGCACCACUCUCUGGUGACAUUCUCCGAGCCUAUGACAACUACAACAAUGAACUUGGGGCAGCAGCCAACUUGCCAGGAAGUGCGUCUGGCCCUCGCGGACAUGGAGCCAGGUCCACUGUUUCCCGCCGCACGGCAAGCACGGCGGCAAGGAAAGUUCCGAUCAUGGAAGAGCAUUUCAAGACGGAAGCGGAGAAGCACGCCAAGUGGAGUGCUUCGUCUAUGUUAUGGGUGCUGUGGUUUGGGUUUGAGUUAAUUUAA